AUGAAGAAUAGUCCCCAAAGACAACCUAAAUACCAAGAAUGUAACAGAUAUGAUGAUGGCAAUGAAUACAGAAAGAAACCUUCCAAGAACUCCAAAGUGACCUUCAAAGAGGAAAAAAAGGAUCACCACCAGUUCAGCUCUGAUGAAACUGUACUGUUCCAAAACUGGAUACCAAGGACAUGGAAAACCCUUGAGGGAUUCAAUGGAGCACAUUCCCAAAUUGGAUUCUCCAAAGUAAAGAAAUUUUGGAUUGGAAAUAAAUCAGGAAGGGCUUCAUUUGGUCUUGCCAAAUUGUCUGGGAUAGGAAUAAUUGGCAGUGGAAUCCUUGGAGAAUUUAGGUCGUCGGCGGGAGGGCGGUGCGGCGCGGCGGGCGCCUACCAGGAGGGCACGCCGCUGGGCGGCAAGGUGGUGCUGGCCGCCGCGCUGGCGCUGCUCACGCUGGCCACCAUGCUGUCCAACGCCUUCGUCAUCGCCACCGUGUCCCGCACCAGGAAGCUGCACACGCCGGCCAACUAUCUCAUCGCCUCGCUGGCCGUCACCGACCUGCUGGUGGCCAUCCUGGUCAUGCCCGUGAGCACCGUGUACACCGUGACGGGCAAGUGGACGCUGGGCCAGGUGGUGUGCGACGUGUGGCUGUCCUCGGACAUCACCUGUUGCACGGCCUCCAUCCUGCACCUCUGCGUCAUCGCGCUGGACCGCUACUGGGCCAUCACGGACGCCGUGGGCUACUCCAGCAAAAGGACUCCCCGGCGGGCGGCCGGCAUGAUCGCGCUCGUCUGGGUCUUCUCCAUCUCCAUCUCCAUGCCGCCGCUCUUCUGGCGCCAGGCCAAGGCGGACGAGGUGUCGGACUGCGUGGUGAACACGGACCACAUCCUCUACACCGUCUACUCCACGGUGGGCGCCUUCUACCUGCCCACGCUGCUGCUCAUCGCCCUCUACGGCCGCAUCUACGUGGAGGCCCGCUCCCGGAUCCUGAAGCAGACGCCCAAGAAAGCGGGCAAGCGCUUCACCCGGGCGCACCUCAUCACGGACUCCCCCGGCUCCUCCUCGUCCGUCACCUCCAUCAACUCCAAGGCCCCCGAGCCGGGCAGCGACGCGGGCUCGCCCGUGUACAUGAACCAGGUGAAGGUGAAGGUCUCCGACGCGCUGCUGGAGAAGAAGAAGCUCACGGCCGCCAGGGAGCGGAAAGCCACCAAGACUCUGGGGAUUAUCCUGGGCGCCUUCAUCGUCUGCUGGCUGCCCUUCUUCAUCAUCUCCCUGGUGCUGCCCAUUUGCAAGGACGCGUGCUGGUUCCACAUGGCCAUCUUUGACUUUUUCACGUGGCUCGGAUAUCUCAACUCCCUCAUCAACCCCAUCAUCUACACCAUGUCCAACGAAGACUUCAAGCAAGCCUUUCAGAAACUGAUCCGCUUCCGAUGCAGCGGCUGAAGGCGGGGCGGCCUGGACGCUGCGGAGCGGCUUGAAUGCGCAGUCGUGUCCGAUUCCGCAGAAUCAAGUUGCUAUUGUAAAGACCCACGGCUUGAAACUCCCCAACCCCAGUUGUCAGACUCAUGAGGCUGCAAAAACGUCAAUACAUUCUGCCACCAAACUGUUCAGCCCUGCAUUUCAGUGUAAUGACUGUCGCAGAGAUGCUGUUCCAGUAUAGUCACACACAUCAGUUGCAAACAAACAAACAAAACAGAGGGCAACUUGGAGUACGGAGGCUUAUAACCCAUCUGGGCUGGAAAAAAAGUUGGAGAGCAAACUAUUUAUUUUGCAGGCUUACUUUCUAAUUAUUCUUUUGCAGGUUGUAGGGGUGUGCACAAAAGCACAGUUACUGUGUGUGUAAUAUUAGCCUUUUUGUAUUUAAGUGUGCACUUGUAAUUUCUUCUUUUCAGCAGAAAGAGUUGUUAAUUUCACUUGCAGGGCCUGGAGGAAAAUUGGGACAUUUUUUAAAAUAGGAACAUUGCAGUACGCUGUGUAAAUGAACUCCUUCAGCUGAAUAUGAGAGAGAGGUAGGAGUGUGCAGAUUAUAUCUGGAUUGUAAAACAAGGCAAAUGCAAGUAAACUUGUAAUAAGAGUUCUGUACACAUUCAUCUGCAUUGCACACACAUGGCUGACUGUCUUCAUCAUUACCUUCAUACAUUAAUACUUCUUGCUUCUACUCAGUCCAGGAAUGGAAAACAAAGAAGUCCUGUGACCUUUGCCUUUAACCAGCUGGGAAUAGGAGCAGUCAUUUUGAUGUUGUAACUCAAGUUUUCCAUUUUUGUGUCAGUUGCACACCCUUACUACAUGGAACACCAAGGACUACAUAAUCUUAUGAAAUACCUCUAUUAUCUAGUGUUCUGCUCUGUAGAGAAACAAAGCAGUUUGCUCUUUCAGAAGAGCUACAUCACCUGCAAAACAAAUAUCUACCCAUCAAAAUAAGUACCUGGGAGUGAAAUUGCUCUCCUCCCAUUAUCUUUUUAUUUCAUUUCCCCCUUUUAUUUCGAUAAGACCUUAAAGCACUACUAAACUCCAGCAAGUCAAAAUUAGAGUUUCAGAACAUGGUCCACCUGCUGUGAUAGAACUGCAUUGAGUGUUCCUCCUAUGUAUAACUGAAAAUGAAGUAUAAACAAUAAAAAGCUUUACUGUCUCCUCAAAAGUAUUUGGUAGCAAUUGUGUUACUAAUGGGAAUAUUUAUUGAUUCACAAUAUUGUCCCUUUUAAGUAAAGCUUAUUUAACAAGUCACUGAAGAACGUGAUUGAGGGCUGAAAUGGCUGCUUGCAAUCAAGAGUCACAUUUUUAAACAAAGCUUGAGUUUUAAGCUUGAGCAUAACAUCUAAGACUUUAUGUACAAUCUCAGAUUAAAUUUAAAUAAAUAAAAUACAUUCUUAAUAAAAUAUAUCUUAUUACCUUAAGAAUAAAGAACUACUUUAUUACUCAAAUGGCACUGUAAUUCUUGCUAAGUUUUAAAAAUGUAUUUCAGAUGAAUCCCAUCAAACAGAGAAAGAAAAAUAUUAUGGGACUUAUUCUGCUUAAAUGCAGCCAGAUAACCACAUGCUAUUCUCCAGUGAGUCAUUUAAACAUUAUGGAUUUACCUAUUUAAUUGAACAGCAAAUAAAAAAAAUUAGAACACUGAGCCCUCAUUCCUUGUGCAUUCAGAAGUCCUAUUAAUUGCAGAGGGAGGUGUCCUGCCUGUGUGAAAGGAAUACAAAACUGAGCCUCCAAGCUGAAAAUGUAGCCAAGGCUCAGUACGCUUGUAAAAAACCUGACAAAAUCUGGAAGUUUUCCCUCAAAUCUGUGUGACCCUGAAAGCAGAUAAGUAUUACUCCAUGUUUUUGGAAAGCAUUGUUUUAAAUUAUUACCCAUGCAAACGUCUUUUUUUUUUCAAAAUGUAAAACAGUUUUUCUGAAUUACUGGCUUGAUUC